AUGGGAGAUGCAGUGCUGGCGGCAUUGGGGGCGGCAGCUCCCUUCCUGCGGCCAGGGGAGCGGGAGCGGCUGGCAUCGCAGACCAGGCCCUUCGACCCUCGCAGCGAGUGCUUCGUCCCCCACCCCCGUGAGGAGUUUGUGCGGGGGCGGGUGAUGGGGCGCCAAGGCGGGGAGGUCACCGUCCAGACCGAGCUGGGAGAGACGAUGACGGUCAAGGAGGCCGACGUCCACCAGCAGAAUCCUCCCAAGUUCGACAAGAUCGAGGACAUGGCCAUGCUGACCUUCCUCCAUGAGCCUGCUGUCCUCUACAACCUCAAGGAGCGCUACGCCUCUUGGUUGAUCUAUACCUACUCAGGACUCUUCUGCGUGACGGUCAACCCCUACAAGUGGUUGCCUGUUUACAACGCUGAGGUGGUGGCUGCCUAUCGGGGAAAGAAGAGGAGUGAAGCUCCACCCCACAUCUUCUCCAUCUCUGACAAUGCCUACCAAAACAUGCUGACAGAUCGAGAGAACCAGUCCAUCCUCAUCACUGGAGAAUCUGGGGCGGGGAAAACAGUCAACACCAAGAGGGUCAUCCAGUACUUUGCCAGCAUUGCUGCCAUCGGUGACCGCAAGAAGGAGGCAACCAACAGCAGCAAGGGCACCCUGGAGGACCAGAUCAUCCAGGCCAACCCUGCCUUGGAGGCCUUUGGCAAUGCCAAGACCCUCCGCAAUGACAACUCAUCUCGAUUCGGGAAGUUCAUCCGAAUCCAUUUUGGGGCCACCGGGAAGUUGGCAUCAGCUGACAUUGAGACCUAUCUCCUGGAAAAGUCCCGUGUAAUUUUCCAGCUGAAGGCUGAGAGGAACUACCACAUCUUCUACCAGAUCCUCUCCAACAAGAAGCCAGAGUUGCUGGAGAUGCUUCUCAUCACCAACAACCCCUAUGACUACAGUUACGUCUCCCAAGGAGAGGUGACUGUGGCCUCUAUCGAUGACUCUGAAGAGCUGUUGGCAACCGAUAGCGCUUUUGAUGUCUUGGGCUUCACUGCCGAGGAGAAGGCUGGUGUCUACAAACUGACAGGUGCCAUUAUGCACUUUGGCAACAUGAAGUUCAAGCAGAAGCAAAGGGAAGAGCAGGCAGAACCAGACGGCACUGAAGAUGCUGACAAGUCAGCCUACCUGAUGGGGCUGAACUCGGCUGAUCUUCUCAAGGGGUUGUGUCACCCCCGUGUGAAGGUGGGCAAUGAGUACGUCACCAAGGGGCAGAAUGUCCAGCAGGUGUACUACUCCAUCGGGGCUUUGGCCAAGGCUGUGUAUGAGAAGAUGUUCAACUGGAUGGUGGUGAGGAUCAACAACUCUCUGGACACCAAGCAGCCACGGCAGUACUUCAUCGGUGUGCUGGACAUUGCUGGCUUCGAGAUUUUUGAUUUCAACAGCUUUGAGCAGCUCUGCAUUAACUUCACCAAUGAGAAGUUGCAGCAGUUCUUCAACCACCACAUGUUCGUGCUGGAGCAGGAGGAGUACAAGAAGGAGGGGAUUGAGUGGGAGUUCAUUGACUUCGGCAUGGACCUCCAGGCCUGCAUUGACCUCAUUGAGAAGCCCAUGGGGAUCAUGUCCAUCCUGGAGGAGGAAUGCAUGUUCCCCAAGGCUUCGGAUAUGACCUUCAAGGCCAAGCUCUUUGAUAAUCACUUGGGCAAGUCGGCCAACUUCGGGAAGCCACGCAAUGUCAAAGGGAAGCCAGAGGCCCACUUCUCCCUCAUCCACUACGCUGGCACGGUAGACUACAAUAUCAUUGGAUGGUUGGAGAAAAACAAGGACCCUCUCAAUGAGACAGUGGUGGGGCUCUACCAGAAAUCAGCCCUGAAGCUCUUGGCCAACCUCUUCUCCAACUAUGCUGGGGCAGAUGCUGGUGGUGAUGGAGGGAAGGGGAAAGGAGCCAAGAAGAAAGGUUCCUCCUUUCAGACUGUCUCAGCCCUGCACCGGGAGAACCUUAACAAGCUGAUGGCCAACCUUAAGACCACCCACCCUCAUUUUGUUCGCUGCAUCAUCCCCAAUGAGCGGAAGGAACCAGGUGUGAUGGACAAUCCCCUGGUAAUGCACCAGCUCCGCUGUAACGGGGUGCUGGAAGGCAUCCGCAUCUGCCGCAAGGGCUUCCCAAACCGCAUCCUCUAUGGGGACUUCCGCCAGAGGUAUCGCAUCCUGAACCCCGCUGCCAUCCCUGAGGGGCAGUUCAUUGACAGCCGCAAGGGCGCUGAGAAGCUCCUGGGAUCCAUUGACAUUGACCACAACCAGUAUAAGUUUGGGCACACCAAGGUCUUCUUCAAGGCUGGGCUGCUGGGCCUCCUGGAGGAGAUGAGGGAUGAGCGUCUCUCCCGCAUCAUCACCCGCAUCCAGGCUCAGGCCCGAGGUCAGCUCAUGCGCAUUGAGUUCAAGAAGAUCCUGGAGCGCCGGGACUCACUGCUGGUGAUCCAGUGGAACAUCAGGGCCUUCAUGGGGGUGAAGAACUGGCCUUGGAUGAAGCUCUACUUCAAGAUCAAGCCCUUGUUGAAGAGUGCUGAAACAGAGAAGGAGAUGCAGAACAUGAAGGAGGAGUUUGGGCGGCUGAAGGAGGCUCUGGAGAAGUCAGAGACCCGGCGGAAGGAGUUGGAGGAGAAGAUGGUCUCCAUGUUGCAGGAGAAGAAUGACCUUCAGCUCCAAGUGCAGGCUGAGCAGGACAAUCUCAAUGAUGCUGAGGAGCGUUGUGACCAGCUGAUCAAGAACAAGAUCCAGCUGGAGGCCAAGGUGAAGGAGCUGACAGAGCGACUGGAGGAUGAGGAAGAGAUGAAUGCAGAACUGACAGCUAAAAAGAGGAAGCUGGAGGAUGAGUGCUCAGAGCUGAAAAAGGACAUUGAUGAUCUAGAGCUGACUCUGGCCAAGGUGGAGAAGGAGAAACAUGCCACAGAAAACAAGGUCAAGAACCUCACAGAGGAGAUGGCUGGGCUGGAUGAGACCAUUGCCAAGUUAACAAAAGAGAAGAAGGCACUGCAAGAAUCUCACCAGCAAACACUUGAUGACCUGCAGGCGGAGGAAGACAAGGUCAACACCUUGACGAAGGCCAAACUCAAGAUGGAACAGCAAGUGGAUGAUCUUGAAGGCUCCCUGGAACAGGAGAAAAAGAUCCGGAUGGACCUGGAACGCGCCAAAAGGAAGCUGGAAGGUGACUUGAAGCUGACCCAGGAGAACAUCAUGGACCUGGAGAAUGACAAGCAGCAGCUGGAGGAGAAGCUCAAGAAGAAAGAGUUUGAGAUCAACCAGCAGAACAGCAAGGUUGAGGAUGAGCAGGCACUGGCCCUGCAGCUCCAGAAGAAGCUGAAAGAGCUGCAGGCACGGAUUGAGGAGCUGGAGGAGGAGCUGGAGGCAGAGCGAACGGGCAGGGCCAAGGUGGAGAAGCUGCGCUCAGACCUGUCACGGGAGUUGGAGGAGAUCAGUGAGCGUCUGGAGGAGGCAGGUGGGGCCACGUCAGUGCAGAUUGAGCUCAACAAGAAGCGGGAGGCAGAAUUCCAGAAGAUGCGGAGGGACCUGGAGGAGGCCACACUGCAGCAUGAGGCCACGGCUGCUGCGCUGCGCAAGAAGCACGCCGACAGCGUGGCCGAGCUCAGCGAGCAGAUCGACAACCUACAGCGUGUCAAGCAGAAGCUGGAGAAGGAGAAGAGUGAGCUCAAGCUGGAGCUGGAUGACCUCAGCUCCAACAUGGAGCAGCUGAUCAAGGCCAAGGUGGGUAUGGAGAAGGUCUCUCGCACCAUGGAGGACCAGGCAGCUGAACACCGGGCCAAGCUGGAGGAGACCCAACGAGUCCUAAAUGACACCAGCACCCAACGGGCUAAGCUCCAGACUGAGAAUGGAGAGCUGUCCCGCCAACUGGAGGAGAAGGAGGCCCUUGUCUCCCAACUAACCAGGGGCAAGCAGUCAUACACCCAGCAGAUGGAGGACCUGAAGAGGCAACUGGAGGAGGAGAUGAAGGCCAAGAAUGCACUGGCCCACGCCCUCCAGUCGGCCCGGCAUGACUGUGACCUGCUGCGGGAGCAAUAUGAGGAGGAGACAGAAGCCAAGGCUGAGCUCCAGCGCUCGCUCUCCAAGGCCAACUCUGAGGUGGCACAAUGGAGGACCAAGUAUGAGACAGAUGCCAUCCAGCGCACUGAGGAACUCGAGGAAGCCAAGAAGAAGCUGCGCAAGCUGGCCGAGAAGGACGAGGAGAUGGAGCAGGCCAAGCGCAACCAUCUGCGGGUGGUGGACUCGCUGCAGACCUCACUGGAUGCUGAGACCCGGAGUCGCAAUGAGGCCCUGCGGCUGAAGAAGAAGAUGGAGGGUGACCUCAAUGAGAUGGAGAUCCAGCUCAGCCAUGCCAACCGCGUAGCUGCUGAGGCCCAGAAGCAAGUCAAGACAUUGCAGGGCUACCUCAAGGACACUCAACUGCAGCUAGAUGACGUGGUCAGGGCCAAUGAGGACCUGAAGGAGAACAUUGCCAUCGUGGAGAGGAGGAACAACCUCCUUCAGUCAGAACUGGAGGAGCUGCGGGCGGUGGUGGAGCAGACUGAGAGAGCCCGCAAAUUGGCCGAGCAGGAGCUGAUUGAGGCCAGCGAGAGGGUCCAGCUUCUCCACUCACAGAACACCAGCCUCAUCAACCAAAAGAAGAAGAUGGAGGCUGACAUCUCCCAGCUGCAGACGGAGGUGGAAGAGGCCAUCCAGGAGUGCAGAAAUGCUGAGGAGAAGGCCAAGAAGGCCAUCACUGACGCAGCCAUGAUGGCAGAGGAGCUGAAGAAGGAGCAGGACACCAGCGCCCACCUGGAGCGGAUGAAGAAGAACAUGGAGCAGACCAUCAAGGACCUGCAGAUGAGGUUGGAUGAGGCCGAGCAGCUGGCCCUCAAGGGGGGCAAGAAGCAGCUGCAGAAGCUGGAGGCCCGUGUGAGGGAGUUGGAGAAUGAGCUGGAGGGUGAGCAGAAGCGUAACGCUGAGAGCAUUAAGGGUCUCCGCAAGUCUGAGCGUCGUGUCAAGGAGCUCAGCUACCAGACAGAGGAGGACCGCAAGAAUAUGGUCCGGCUCCAGGACCUGGUGGACAAGCUCCAGCUGAAGGUCAAGGCCUACAAGCGACAGGCAGAGGAGGCGGAGGAACAGGCCAACACCAACCUGGCCAAGUUCCGCAAGGCACAGCAUGAGCUGGACGAGGCAGAGGAGCGUGCUGACAUCGCUGAGUCCCAGGUCAACAAGUUGCGGGCCAAGAGCCGUGACAUUGGAGCCAAGAAAGGACUCAAUGAGGAGUGAAGCUCUGGACUCCCAACCAUCCCAUCUGAACUCC